CGGCGAACUCUGUAGAUGAGAAAGAAAAUCAAUGAAAAAGAAUAAACUCUAGAAAGCGAAAAACUUGAGUCUAGCGAUAAUAUUGCGAGAGGAGCCUGCUUCAUAUAAGAGAGGAUGAAAAGAUCAGCACAAGUUGAAGACUUAAGCUUCAAGGGGGGUAAAAAGAGAUCAGGAACCAGUGUCGAAAAGAAAAAUGUCCAAUUCUAUGAAUCUUUCACCUUUAAGGGUUCUGAAUAUUGUCUUUAUGACUCUGUGAUCAUUCGCUAUGACGACACACAAGACUCUAGAAGGUUCUUUGUUGGCAAGAUCAUAAAAAUGUGGGAACAAUAUGAUCAACGUGAAAAACAGAGAAGAGUCGAGCUACUAUGGUUCUUUAAACCGUCUGAGAUUAUGUCACAUCUUCAAGGAGUUGAAGAUAUACAUGUGAACGAACUGUUUUUGGCUUCAGGGAAAGGUCUUGGCCUCACUAAUGUAAACCCAUUGGAAGCAAUUUCUAGAAAAUGUUAUGUGGUAUGCACCUCGAAAGACGUAAGGAACCCACAACCUUCUGAUGAAGAAAUCAAGUCGGCUGACUUCGUUUUUCGCCGAACUUUUGAUGUUGGAAUUCAUAAGAUCUUAGAAAAGAUAGAUGAUAAAAUUGCUGGAGUUGAUGUUAAGUUUCUCUUUAACAAAACCAGCAUACAUAGGACUCCAUAUAGUUUGAAACCAAAUCUUUCUUCAACUAGUGGUUCAGCUAGGCAGAAUGAACGUAUUGGCAAUGAUUUUUCUAUUCAUAGGAAGAUAGAUUAUGGUGACAAAAGAAAUGGUUAUGGUCUGUGUGAUGAUGACCAUUGUAAUGCCUCUGGUUAUAGGAGAAAUGGUUACCAUGACCAAGAAAAUGAAACUCGUUUGCAGCUGAGUAAACGAAAAUCGCGGAUGGAGGAAGAAAGGUACUACAGUAAAGACUUUUACUGCUUGGAUGAUUUGCCUCAAAAGAAACGGUGGCUAUGCAAUGUUGCAAUGUCAAAUGGAAGAACAAAAUGCUCUUAUGGUGGUAAAGAUGUAAAAUUUAUUAGAAAAGAUAUGUUGGCAAAAAAAUUAUGGCCUCAAGAUGAAAGGCAUAAUAAAGAUUCUUACAGUUUGGGGGAUAUGCCUCCAAGUAAACGAAACCUAGAUGGUUAUGCUGGAAUGUUAAAAGGAAGACCCAGAAAUGUAUUUGAACCUACUAGAAGUCGUCCUAGCUUAAGUGACAAGAAGCAAGAUAUGAGGGGGAUGAUACCAAGAUCUCGUGAAGGAAAAGAGACAAAACAUGCAGAUGAGAAAUGUCUACUCAAGAAACCAAACUCUGAUUCUAGAAUACCAAAAAGCAUUGAGGGGAAUAUGUUGAUCAAUGUCGACAACAAAAGAAAUGGUCAAGUCUUUGACUUGAACCAAAAGCCGAAUGUUGAAGCAAUCAAAUGGUACCAAAAACUUUCUUGGGAAGAAAAUUUGAAGUUGGCAGAAGGCCAAGGGAAUCUGGUUCUGCUUCGGUACUUGGAUCCUACUUAUACAUCUAGAAAAGUGGAGGACAUAAUCUACUCGGCUUUGAAUGAGCAAUGCAUGGCAAGGAUGUUAGAGCAAACAUCAGUGAGUCGUCACAUUGGUGAAGCUUUGGCGAUAUUCGAGACAAGGUAUGUUGCCGAAAGAGUCGUUAAAAGACUAGAAGAGGGAUAUUUGUUGCUAGAUAAUGGAAGGACACUUAUUGCUACUAGUGUUAAAGUGAAAUCUCCAAUGGAGCCACCACCGCAGCUCAAUGGCCAUAUGGGAGAUGUUGUGGCUACAUCACAUUGUUCUAAGGAUAACACCACUGGAUUUGAAAUGGCCAUAGAUUGGUGUAUGAAUCGAGACAAAUUCGAGCUAACUUGGAAAAGUAAAUUUGAGCAACAAACUGAGGAGACAAAGAAGUUGCAUAUAAAGUUCAAGCCAUAAACAUGCUUAGUUUCAACAUCAUCUUGUUGUGAAAUCUAGUUCAAGCAACAAAUUAAAGCACCUUGAGAAGUAAGUGUGAAAAUAUUAUGUUAUUUUGUAGAAACACCAAGAACGUAACUUUCUCGUAUGAGAAAGAUCAUGAGACUUUUGUUAAGUUGGUUUUAUGUAUUAUUGUAUCAUACUAAAAACAUGAUGUGGCUAACCAAACCCAAAAUCAAACCUUUCUCCAAAUAUAUA